UAGUCAGGUUCCUAGCAUAAAGCACCAGAAGCAGAUAUGGGCCGGCUUGUUGUACCUAAAGGAUUCCAUUUUGGUUUCAAUUUCUGGGUUGGACUUUUUACCAUUAACAGUUGCAGAUUGCAACACUCGCCGAUACAAUACUCACUUCAAACAAAAUCUGUUUUCUUCAGUAUUAUCAUGGUUUGAGGUCCUCAAACAUAUAGCGGCAUGCAUGCACUGGCCCUUCUGGGCCACCGCCUGUUCUCUCGAGCAAUUGAUCGAACACUUUGUAUCUCCUAUAUAUCCGUUCAUCUAAUUCCUUGCAGUUUCAGCUUUCUCUGUACACAAGCAACAGAUAAAUUUACCGAAAAACUGAAACUAGAGUCAGAAGAACAACCCAAGUGUUUAUCUUUGAGAAUAGAGAAACUUCCAAGAGGCGAAUUGGUUGGAUCAGCUUUUCAAAGCUGGAUGCGUGAAGGAUUUCCCAUUCAUCGAGGUGACAUUUUCCAUGCUGUUAACCGCUUGAGGAAGCUCAAACUCAAUAAACGCGCUCUUGAGGUUAUGGAAUGGGUGAUUAGGGAGAGACCUUACAGGCCAAGGGAACUUGACUACUCUUAUCUAUUGGAAUUCACAACCAAACUUCAUGGGAUAUCACAUGGCGAAAAGCUCUUCACUUGUGUCCCGCCUGAAUUCCAAAAUGAGUUGCUAUAUAACAAUCUUGUAAUUGCUUGCUUGGAAAAAGGUGUAAUAAGGCUUUCGCUUGAUUACAUGAAGAAAAUGAGGGAAUUGGGUCACCCCAUUUCAUAUUUGAUUUUCAAUCGCCUUAUAAUCCUUCAUUCCUCCCCUGGCCGUAGGAAAAUGAUCCCAAAAAUCCUGGCACAAAUGAAGGCUGAUAAGGUGGCUCCUCAUGUCUCCACGUACAACAUUCUGAUGAAAAUUGAAGUUAAUGAAUACAACAUUGAAGGGUUGCUGAAGGUAUUUGGUGAAAUGAAGAGAUUCAAUGUUGAGCCGAACGAGAUAUCUUUCUGCAUAUUAGCUACUGCGCAUGCUGUUGCCAGAAUGUAUACUGUGGCCGAAGCAUAUGUUGAAGCUGUGGAGAAGUGCCGCACAGGAGAUAACUGGUCAACUCUAGAUGUUUUGAUUAUAUUGUAUGGAUAUUUGGGGAAGGUGAAAGAUUUAGAGAGAACUUGGGGCAUUGUGCAAGAACUCCCCCGUGUUAGGUUUAGAAGUUACAUGUUGGCAAUUGAAGCAUUUGGUAGAAUUGGGCAGCUCGGUCGAGCUGAAGAGCUUUGGUUAGAGAUGAAGUCAUUGAAAGAGUUGAAAUCAACAGAGCAAUUCAAUUCCAUGUUAUCUGUGUACUGCAAAUAUGGGCUUAUUAAAAAGGCAACUGCAAUUUUCAGGGAAAUGGAGAUAAAUGGAUGCAAACCAAAUGCCAUUACUUUUCGACAUCUUGCUUUGGGUUGUUUGAAGGCUGAACUAGUGGAGGAAGCCUUGAAAACUCUAGAAAAGGGGAUGCAAUUGAAAACAAGCAAGAAGGUAAGGAAUUCGACCCCAUGGUUGGAGACUACUCUUGCAAUUAUUGAAAUUUUUGCAGAGAAAGGUGACAUAGUUAAUGUUGAGAAAUUGUUUGAUGAAACCAGCAAAGCAAGGUAUACAAGACAUACUUUUGUGUACAAUACACUAAUAAAAGCUUAUGUGAAGGCCAAAACUUAUGUUCCCGAUCUCCUGAGAAGAAUGAUUUUAGGGGGUGCUAGGCCAGAUGCUGAGACUUACAGCCUGAUUAAACUCAUUGAGCAGUAUCGAACUUGAUUUUGUACUAGAGUUUAUAUGUUGUAUGUAUUUUGAUAUUUUAUUCAUUUUUCUUAACAGAAAAAUACUUUUCAAGAUUAUGAAAAUAACAUUAUUUGUUUCUUAAA